GAUGUUCAAAGUGUUGUGUGUUAUGGCUUUGACUUCUUUAAGGUCAGACCAAAUUAUUUUCUUCUUCAUCUUAAGAAUAGAAAUUUUCAUACCUAUUUUGGCACUAACAAUUAAAGGGGCUUGUCAAGACUGCUGACUGCUGUAGUGCAAGUACUCACUAAAUUUUUAGAAUCUUUCCAUCUUUUUUCAUACAACAAAUACAUGUUAACUUGAGCAAAAUAUAUCCUCUUAGUAACUUCACCCACGCGCAUUUAGUUGUAGUAACCCCACGGCUCUAUAAAUACCCAAUCAACAACAACGUGGCACAACACGAGAAAUAAAGAGCGUGAUAAUAUGAAGUUCUUCCACGCGAGUUGUAAGAAAGAAGAGAAAAAAAAUGUUUUUAGUAGGAAAAACACAAGAACAAAGAAGAGAGACAAAGAGAGAAAAGUGGGUAUUAUCAAUUCUUGAUUCUGAACUGUGAUUUCUUGGUGAAAGAGGGAAGUGGUAUUAUCAAUCCUUGAAAUGCAAAGAGAAGGAAGAGGAAGUUAACAUGGGUAUCAAGAAAAACCAACCUAAUUUCAUGUAGUAUGAAUUUGAACUUGAGGUGUGAAGCUUCAAGUUUCCAACUUUAGAAAAAAGGUGACACAUUUAUGGUAUGUUUUAGGUUUUCUCUGGAAUUCUUGAAGUUUCAACUUAUUGAAUUUGGAAUAACGUUGUGGGUUUUCUUGGAAUUAUAGGGAGGUGACUUUGCUGGAAAUGGAGAGUUUUGUUAAGUAAUGGUUUUGAUGGGAUUUUAGGUAUGGAGUCUUAUUAGGACUUGGGGGUUGAACUUUUUUUCAAGAUUGGGUUUUGGAGGGAGAGUUAGUUGAGAAAUUUGGAUUUCUGGUGGUGACCUCACUCAGCCCCUUUAAAUCUUGUACUGUUACAAGUUAGGAUUUUGGAGAUUUGAUUUGAUUUGGCAAUGAAAAGAUUGCUAUUAGAGGAAUUCAAUGUAGUUUCCAAGUAAGCUUUUUGGAGUUGGGAGGGAAGAAAACCCUAAUUGAGUUGUGGAUUGGGGUUCUGACCCUGACAUUCUCUGUUUUCGACCAGUGGAAACUUUAUAGUCUUUGCUUUUUGUGUAUGGAAUUUAUGCUCUGACAGAUAUGCAACCACCACAUCAGCAUUCACGGAUCAAUCUUGCCGAAUUGAAAGCUCAAAUAGUGAGGAAACUCGGACCAGAUGAGUCGAAACAGUACUUCUAUUACUUGAAUAGGUUGCUAAGCUUGAAAAUAAGCAAGGUUGAGUUCAGUAACUUUUGUCUUAGGAUCUUUGGAAGAGAGAACAUUGCACUACACAAUCAGUUUAUCCGCUCUAUUUUGAAAAAUGCUUGUAAUGCAAAAGUUCCACCGUUAAAGCUUGAUAAUAAGUUUUUGAAGCCUGGAGCAGCGCUUGGUAGUAAUGAGGUUUCAAAUGAUGCUUAUGAGCAAAAUGGAUCACGUGUUUUCUUAAGGCAGUCUUCAAGUCAACCAGGUUUGUCAAAUGGGGACAUUCUGCCAUUAUCUCCUCGAAAGGCCAGAACAGGCUUGCAUGAUCAUAGGGGGCCUGGGGAUCGCGGUAGUACGCUUGGACCAAAUGAAAAAACUAGUUUUACAUUUCAACAAUCAACAACAGAAUCAAAUGAUUUCGAUGUUACUAAGAAAAAUGGUGACUUGAAUCCCCUUGAUGGUCUGAGGCCUGUGCAUCACAAUCCAGAAUGCACACAACGAUCAGAGGAUGAAAGGGAGGCGUCGAGUCAAGAAACAGCUAAACUUUCUUUAACAAAGAGACUACUUCAAGGUCCAGUUUCUGUACAUAACAAACACCAGGUUAGAGGUUAUGGGAAAGAGUUGCAUGCUAGGAAAGAACUACAAGCUCCGCUUGGAGUUCCAUUUUACCCUGUUAGUGUAGGUGGAUCACAUAGAGUAUUGCCUUUGGCAACAGAUAGUAAAUUUGUUAGCUCUUCUAAUUAUGGUGCUUUGUUGGACAACAUAACAUUGAGGGAACGCAUGGAACAGAUUGCUGCAGAACAGGGCCUCGAAGGGGUGGGAAAUGAUUGUGCCAGUCUGGUGAACAAGGGUUUGGAUUCUUACUUAAAAGGUUUAAUCAGAUCUUUUGUUCAACUUUUGGGUGCAAGGUCUGGGCAUGAGCCUACUAAGAUCAGCAAAAAGAAGCAGCCGGCCUAUAUGAAGCCUGUUAAUGGUCUCAGACCAGGACAUCAUUUUCAGGUGAGUAAUGAUAGAUCUCCAGAAGUCAUGCAAGAACAGGUUCCGCACAGCCUAAUAUCAUUGCAAGAUUUUAGGGUUGCUAUGGAGCUAAACCCACAGCAACUUGGCAAAGAUUGGCCAUUGCUGCUGGAGAAAGUAUGUGCUCGUAUCUGAGGAAUAACACAUAUAUGGGGACUUUGUUGUCUUCCGAUUGAGCCUGUAUUGGUCCCUACUGGAUCAGAUGGCACCGUCCUUCCAAGGGUCUUUGUGCUGCCUGGGUUGUUACCUCUCUUAUGGCCCUUUGAACCAGUCAAUAACUGUUAAGGUUGGACUUGUCUCUUGGAAGAUGAUAGGGACCAGAGCCGAGGCUUAUUUGUCUCAGCUGCUUCAGGGCUUAACAUUUGCCAGAAAACCCCCAUUUAUUUGCAAUCACUGAAAGGGACUUGAAAAAGAGAAUCCUUGUUGGUUGCUGUGUUGUAUCAUUAGUAUAAGUACAUCUGAAUAUUUUCUGAAUUCUCUUGUAAUUUAUAGUCAAUAGCAAAUUUAGAACAGUUUUGGAGGAAUAAUUGUAGCAUAGUGCUUUUGUAGAAAGGUGAAACUGAAUGAUGCAAGAGUUCAUGUGUAUCAACUUCAAGUUAAAUAGAUUUUCACCAGUGGCUUAAUCAGCUCACAAUUUCCUUUAUUUUAAA